AUGGCCCAACCCGCUGUCAGACCCACGGCGACGCGGUCCCGCAUUGCCCGUCCCGGCGGCAUUCCUGCGUCUCGUAGCGGCGACCGCAUACAUCUCUCUGAAGCUUCGUCUAGCCACCUGGCAAAAGCCAAGAGCGUCGCCGCCGCCGGCAAGCUUCGGUCCGACUCUAGAGGCGUCCCGCAACGUGCUGCUCUCUCCGAUGUCAGCAACCGGGUCGGAGCGGCCAGGGUCCCGGCUGAGGGCGUGGCCAAGCCAGGGCAACAUGGCCUCCGUUCUCACAACACCAAGAGCAUGACUCGCCUUCGGGAUGCUCGUUCUCGAACCAGCACAGAAGAAAGACUGCGAGGUCCCAUCCGAUCCAUCUCCGAGCAGAGAGAUCUUGUCAGCGGAGGCGUCCAGUCUAUGGACGUUGAAGCGCCCCAACUCCUGCCACCGUUCCGCGGCUCGACCUCCGGUCAAGCGUCAAAUGCGGCGCAGCAGGCCUCGUACCACGCCGACGAGGAUGCAGAACUAGAAGACGCGGCUGCUCACCACGAUGAGGUGGACGAGGAGGAGCUGUCGGACGUCGAGUCGACGUCGAGCAGCGACGACGACACGGGCGACGACAUGGGAGCAGAGCAGGCGAGCUGGAUGGCAUCGGAGCGACUCGAUGCCGGCGGCCGUCCGGAAAGCGUCACGUCCGCCGAAGACGGCGAUCUGCUCGACUUCAACAUCGACCCCGAGGGCCUCGUCUCGCUGCAUCCCGAGCUCGAGGAGGCAGCGCGUCGCAAAGUGGCGCUCAUCAAAUCACGCUACCAGGAGGAAGUGAUCCAGCCCCGGGCGGCUCGAGCUCAGGCGCAACGCGUCGAAGCCGUCGCAGCGGGCCAGCUGUCUGCGGACUUGGCGGCUCACGAGGACGAGCUGAUCAUCAUGGGUCUCGAUCCGGACGAGGUGCGCGACACCAGCAUGGUCGCCGAGUACUCGACCGAGAUCUUCAACUACAUGGCGCGAUGCGAGCGCGAGACGAUGGCGAACCCCAACUACAUGGACUUCCAGAGGGAGAUCCACUGGCACAUGCGCGCGACGCUCGUCGACUGGCUGUUGCAGGUGCACAUGCGCUACCACAUGCUGCCGGAGACGCUGUGGAUCGCCAUCAACGUGGUGGACCGCUUCCUGAGCGUGCGCGUGGUGAGCCUGGCCAAGCUGCAGCUCGUCGGCGUCACGGCCAUGUUCAUCGCCGCCAAGUACGAGGAGAUCCUGGCGCCGAGCGUCAAGGAGUUUGUCUUUAUGACCGAAAACGGCUACAAGCAGGAGGAAAUCCUCAAGGGCGAGCGCAUCAUCCUGUCGACGCUCGACUUUAACAUCUCGUCGUACUGUUCGCCGUACUCGUGGGUGCGCCGCAUCUCCAAGGCGGACGACUACGACAUCCGCACGCGCACGCUGUCCAAGUUCCUGAUGGAGCUGGCGCUGCUCGACCAUCGCUUCCUGCGUGCUCGGCCGAGCCUGAUCGCGGCGGUGGGCAUGUUCCUUUCCAAGAAGAUGCUGGGCGGCGAGUGGGACGACGCAUUCGUCUACUACUCGGACUUCACCGAGGAGCAGCUCGUGCCCGGCGCGAACCUGCUUCUGGAACGUCUGCUGGACCCCGGGUUUGAGGAGCAGUUUGUGUACCGCAAGUACGCCAACAAGAAGUUCCUCAAGGCGAGCGUGUUUGCUCGCGACUGGGCGUACCAGAACCACAGCGCGCUGCUUGCCGCCGCCGCCGCCGCCGCUGCUGCCGCACAGCAUGGUCAGGUUCAAUAG